GGCCGCCGCUCCCCCGGGCCGGGCGGGGUCACCUUCAUGGGCGGGCGGGAGCGCGCGGCGCUGCCCGGGGCCUGCUGAGGCGGCGGAGCGGCGGGAGCGGCAGCGAUGUUCGUGCAGGAGGAGAAGAUCUUCGCGGGGAAGGUGCUGAGGCUCCACGUGUGCACCAUGGAGGGCGCCGAGUGGCUGGAGGAGGUGCCCGAGGACACCACGGUGGAGAAGCUCAAGGAGCGGUGCCUGAAGCACUGUCUUCCUGGGAGCUUGGAGGAUCCCAAAACUGUGACACAUCAUAAGCUGAUCCACGCUACUUCUGAGAAGGUGCUGACAGACACAAAAACAGUGUUGGAGGAGAACAUUCAGGACAGAGAUGUGUUGCUGCUGGUCAAGAAGCGCGCGCCGACGCUGCUCCCCAAGAUGUCAGAUGUGGUUGCAGAGGAGAAAAGGAAGCAGGAGCAGAAGGCUCCUGACAAGGAUGCCAUCCUCAAAGCCACUGCCAACCUGCCCGCCCGCAGCGUGGACCGCAGCGUGAGCCACCACAACAUGAGGGAUUUUCCUUUCUUGCAGUUCCAGACAGAGCUCCGGAAGAUUUUAGUGUCUCUCAUAGAAGUCGCACAGAAAUUGCUAGCACUGAACCCUGAUGCAGUUGAACUGUUUAAGAAGGCAAAUGCCAUGCUGGAUGAGGACGAGGAGGACAGGGUGGACGAGAUCGCGCUGCGCCAGCUCACCGAGAUGGGCUUCCCGGAGAGCAGAGCUGUCAAAGCCCUCCGCCUGAACCACAUGUCCGUCACCCAGGCCAUGGAGUGGUUGAUAGAACACGCUGAUGACCCUUCUGUGGAUGCUCCUCUGCCAGGUUCUGCUCCUGCAGAAGCCCCAGCUGAAGGUGCUGCCUCCUCUGCUGAGGCAGCUGCGGGUCCCAGCUCGGAGGAGGGCGGGGAGGAGGCCAAGGAUGAGCUGACUGAAAUCUUCAAGAAGAUCCGGAGGAAAAGAGAGUUUCGUCCAGACCCACGGGCUGUCAUUGCCCUGAUGGAGAUGGGAUUUGAUGAAAAGGAAGUGGUGGAUGCACUCAGAGUGAACAACAACCAGCAAAAUGCAGCUUGUGAGUGGCUGCUGGGAGACAGAAAACCUUCUCCAGAGGACUUAGAUAAGGGCAUUGACACCAACAGCCCUCUCUUCCAAGCCAUCUUAGAAAACCCAGUGGUACAAUUAGGGCUCACCAACCCUAAAACUCUACUAGCCUUCGAGGAUAUGCUUGAAAACCCCUUGAACAGCACUCAGUGGAUGAACGAUCCCGAAACGGGGCCGGUGAUGUUACAGAUCUCCCGAAUCUUCCAGACACUGAAUCGCACGUAGAGGGAGCUGCCAGUGCACUGUGCCACUUCCCCCUGCCCCUCACUCCCCCUCCACCUCCACGGGAGGCUGCCUGGAUGGCUGGGAAGGGGUGGAUGGAAGGGAGGGAAAGGGGGAGAUCCUGGCUGGAGGGGUCUCUCGCACGAGAGCUUUCGUAGUUACGGCCAACAGGAGUGAGUUGCCUUGUGGAUUUAGUGUUAGUGGAAGAGGUUUGAGGGUUUGUUUAUGUUUUCAGGUAUUAGGUUUAAAAUAAAGUAUAUAUAUUAAAAAAAAAAAAUAGGAAAAAGGUUUUAUGAAAACACUUAAGAAUCUGAUUGUUGGAAAGAAAUACUGCUCGUUCAAAAGGCCUGUGACAGUUUUCUGGCCAGUUUUGCUAGGAUCUGGCUGGUGUUUACAAAAGGUCACUGACCACUAGCAUAGGAUAUUAAUCAUCUCCAUACAGUAUUAAUUUAUAGCUCUUAUCAAAUUGCAAACCUGCUUUUUACAAAAAAAAAAAAUUGAUUCUUAGGAAAUGUUUUUUAAGAGCCCAGAUCUUGGGAGAGCAAGCGCAUUUCUAUCCAAGCUCGUUUAUCUGGCAUUCUAAUUUAAGCAGAAUCAUUCAGAGAUGGAAUUCUAAUAAAUAGCAUUACUUUUUCCUAUUUAUUUGCUGCGUUAGUGUUGUUGCAGUCCCACUGGGGUUGUACUUACAGGAGGUUUCUGUCAGGUGCCAUAAAGGUGCAGGAUCUCUUUCACCACAGAAUUCACCACAUCAACACUUGGAUUCCCAAGUGGCUGCAAUUCCUAAGCUCACACUAUGCCAUAUCCCAUUGCAAGGAGGGAUAUGUUCACACAGGGGAUGCAUUUGAAGGGAUGUGUUUGGAAAAUAGGCCAGUGGCUACUUUACAGCUUGGACCUUGAUUGUCCUGACCUGCGAGCCCGAGCUAGUGUAACUCUCCUGCUGAACCUCUCUCCCUGCUCCAGCCCAAAGAAUCUGCCAUUCCUCCUCUCCUGGUGAGCAGGGCCAUGAGUCUUCCUUUAGGAUUGCUGCAUCCCUCCACGGGAAUGGUCACACGGGAUCGCCCCGCUGGGCUUGGCACCAUUUCAAGGACGUUUGUGUUCUCCAUGCAGCUGCAAAAUUGACUUGCUCAGUUCCCAAAGCAGCCAUCAGGGCAUUCCUCCUCUGGGAAGGUGUGAGGUUCUCUCCUGCACGAGUUCCAAGGCCUCCAGCUCCUGGCUGCUUCUUGGCAGCUCCUGUCACAGACCUGACCCAAGGCUUGACCCCUCUUCCCCUUCCUUUCCUCCUCUCCUGGAACCAAACUUGCAUUUCAGAGGUUGAUUUUCAUAUCCAAGCAAUUCUUUAGUGGUUAUUGAAAUCCUUUUUAGUUAGGACUGUUACAAUUACUUUUUUUAGGCGUUCACACCAAAACAAGCAUCGCACCAAACGAAUGUAUAGUGACACUGUCAGCAAGCAUUGCCUGUGGAAGGGGCACAGGUUACAGUGAGCUCUGCUCCUGUGGCAGUUUUCCCAAAGGCUUGUGCACAGGAUAGCCAAUGUUUCAUCCAAAGGAACCAUCCUGGUUUUCUACUUUUAAUAAUAAAUGCCAUUUUUAUUCACCAACAGAACAGCGGCACUUCCAACUGGUAUUUCCAUCCCACUGAGAGUCCUGGAGCUUUGGGGCUGGAGAUCCUGCCUGGAUCCCCCUCUCUGGGACAGCUCCUACUUGGAAGGAUGUGUGCUGGCUGUGGCAGGGCAGUGGGGGCAAUCCCACCUCCCUGCACGGGGUGUUAGGUCCACAUGAAUGUUCUCACGGUGGUUCUCUCCUCCAUCCCCACAUCCAGUGUAGCAAAAGGGUUUUUUUAAGCACCUCUUGCCCUAGAUUUGAAGAUCUUCAAUGCAGAUCCUGUUUGCAGCAUGUGAACUUCAGUAAAUGUAAAUGCAUUAAAUUCUUACUGAAUUUGGGUAUAGUUUUAUAUCAUGCUCUGGGGAGAGGGAGGAAAUUGGAUCACGUUUUAAACGAAGCCCCACAAACCCAAGUGUCUCUGUUGCAGCAGGUAACAGAGGCCUGUAGAGAUUUUUAAUUUGCAUAUUUUUAUCAUGGCUUAAUGAACUGUACACGAAUGUGAUUUGCUACCCAGCACUUCCCACGAGGCAGCACCAGUAAAAUUACAUUGCAAGGUACUGACUUCACAUUUUCUCAUUUCACCUGUGUAUACAGCAAUUAGGUACCGCAUAGGAUAACUUUGAUCUGGCUCUGAUGCCGGUGUGUGGCAUGCACAGCUCUUCCUAAGGUGUGACAUUACUUUUCUGAAGCUUAAACUAGGGCAGACGUCCCUGAGCCUGUGGAAUUCGGGAUUCAUUCUGGCCAGGCUCGCGUGGGUCGCUGACCUCUCCCUGAGCAGGAAAACCAGCAGGAUUUGCUCCCUGCAGAAAUCCUCCAGGCCAAAAGCAAGGAAUGCUGCUAAAUUGUGAACAUUUUAAGCAGUUGCUGUUCUGAAAUAUAUUCCUGGAAGUCAGGGAGGUGUUGGCAAAGCCAGACCUGUUCAGCCCAGAAUUGCUUUGUGUGGAGACGUGGAACCCACGGCCGGGGCUGGAAUGAAUGCUGAGGCUUUAAACCUGCUCACACAUAACCCCAGACACUGAUGUUGUGUGUGCUGUACAUUUAUAAUAUAUCUUCAAAAUAAAGUUUUUUGAUUUAUUA